AGACCCGACCCGUAUCUCUCUUCCAACACAAAAAUUCGCCCCUUUUAAACAUAAUCUUCCUCUACCCUGUGGAAGUUCCAACAAUGGCGGUCUCAAUGAAUUCCAUAACCUGUUCCUCGUAUCUUCAUCCACCUCAGCCUUCUCUCAGCUUCGAAAACAAGGUUUUCGUUGGAUUAAGGCUUCAAUCUCCCAAUUCUUAUGGAAUUUCAAGACCUAAUUUGAGUGCUGAAUUGCACAAGAAAAUUCACAAAAGUAUUGAGCCCAGGGUUGGGAUUAAACCGGCACGCGGGCGGAUUACGAUGAUGCCGAUAGGGACACCGAGAGUGCCGUAUCGGGUUCCUGGUGAAGGGACUUGGCAGUGGGUUGAUUUGUGGAAUGCUCUUUAUCGCGAACGCGUUAUCUUUAUUGGGCAGAACAUAGACGAGGAGUUUAGUAACCAGAUACUGGCAACAAUGUUGUACCUUGAUAGCGUUGAUAAUUCGAAAAGGAUGUAUAUGUAUAUUAAUGGCCCUGGUGGAGAUCUGACUCCAAGCAUGGCCAUAUAUGACACUAUGCAAAGCUUGCAAAGUCCGAUCGGCACCCACUGUGUCGGUUAUGCUUAUAAUCUGGCUGGCUUUCUUCUUGCAGCCGGAGAAAAGGGUCAAAGAUUCGCGAUGCCUCUUUCAAGAAUUGCGUUAGAGUCACCGGCUGGAGCGGCUCGUGGUCAGGCUGAUGAUAUUCAAAAUGAGGCGAAUGAGCUUUUAAGAAUUAGAGAUUAUCUUUUCAAGGAAUUGGCUCAAAAGACGGGUCAACCAGUGGAGCAGGUUCACAAGGACUUGAGUCGGAUUAAGCGGUUCAAUGCUCAGGAAGCUUUGGAUUAUGGACUCAUUGACCGGAUCGUUAGACCUCCCCGUAUAAAAGCUGAUGCGCCACGCAAAGAAGCUGGUACAGGUCUCGGUUAGAGUACGUGUCAUUAAAAACUUUUCAUUUGUGCUUUGUGGUAUUUUAGAAUUAUUAUUAUUAUAUGUCUAAAGGAAAAGUAUCAUCAAACUGUCAAGAACUUUUUUGAGCUUAAAUAGACCAUCUGUUUUUUUUUUU